AUGGAGCUCACGAAUAGAAUCUGCAAACCAUAUCUAGAUAAGUUUGUCAUUGUCUUCAUAGACGACAUACUCAUCUAUUCUCGUAAUCAAUCUGAUCAUGAGAAACAUCUUCGGUGCAUUCUCGAGCUAUUACAGCAAGAGAAGCUUUACGCUAAGUUCUCCAAGUGUGAAUUCUGGCUUCGAGAAAUCCAGUUUUUUGGACACGUGGUUAGCGAGCGUGGUAUCCAGGUGGAUCCCGCUAAGAUAGAAGCCAUAAUGAAUUGGGAAGCACCAAAGACGCCUUCUGAAAUCCGUAGUUUCUUAGGAUUGGUCGGUUAUUAUAAGAGGUUCAUUGAGAACUUUUCGAGGAUAGCCACUCCUUUGACUACCCUGACCCGUAAGAAUAUUAAGUUCAACUGGGUCUAA